CAUUGAUUCUUCUUUCUCUAUCAUGUUCCAGGAACGGCUUCUGCUUUCCUUGCUGCCAGCUCACAUAGCCAUGGAGAUGAAGGCCGAGAUCAUCCAGAGAUUGCAAGGGCCCAAGGCAGGCCAAAUGGAAAACACAAACAACUUUCAUAAUCUCUAUGUCAAGCGCCACACCAAUGUGAGUAUCUUGUAUGCGGAUAUCGUUGGAUUCACCCGGCUGGCCAGUGACUGCUCACCAGGGGAGCUGGUCCACAUGCUAAAUGAACUCUUUGGGAAGUUCGAUCAGAUUGCGAAGGAGAAUGAGUGCAUGAGGAUUAAGAUUCUAGGAGACUGCUAUUACUGUGUUUCUGGACUACCAAUAUCUCUCCCUAACCAUGCCAAGAACUGUGUGAAAAUGGGAUUGGAUAUGUGUGAAGCCAUAAAGAAAGUGAGAGAUGCUACUGGGGUUGAGAUCAACAUGCGUGUAGGAGUGCAUUCUGGGAAUGUCCUGUGUGGCGUGAUUGGUCUGCAGAAGUGGCAGUACGAUGUGUGGUCACAUGAUGUUACCUUGGCCAACCACAUGGAAGCUGGAGGGGUCCCCGGACGUGUUCACAUUUCCUCUGUCACCUUGGAGCACUUGAAUGGAGCAUAUAAAGUGGAAGAAGGAGAUGGUGACAUCAGGGACCCAUAUUUAAAACAGCAUCUCGUGAAAACCUACUUUGUAAUCAACCCCAAGGGGGAACGACGCAGUCCCCAGCACCUCUUCAGGCCUCGCCACACCCUAGACGGAGCCAAAAUGAGGGCCUCUGUCCGCAUGACUAGAUACUUGGAGUCCUGGGGAGCAGCCAAGCCCUUUGCACAUCUGCAUCACAGAGACAGCAUGACCACUGAAAAUGGGAAGAUCAGCACCACGGAUGUACCAAUGGGUCAACAUAAUUUCCAAAAUCGCACCUUAAGAACCAAGUCACAAAAGAAAAGAUUUGAAGAGGAACUGAAUGAAAGGAUGGUUCAGGCAAUUGAUGGAAUCAAUGCACAAAAGCAAUGGCUCAAGUCUGAAGACAUUCAGCGAAUCUCACUGCUUUUCUAUAACAAAAUUCUAGAAAAAGAAUACCGAGCCACUGCACUGCCAGCAUUCAAGUAUUACGUGACCUGUGCUUGUCUCAUUUUCUUCUGCAUCUUUAUCGUGCAGGUUCUCGUAUUGCCAAAGUAAGUACAUAAGGUUUCCCCUUGGGGUUUUUACCUGGUGUACCUUUCCACUGGAGGCUGGUCAUAUUAAAGGGCAUGAAAGGAUGCUAAUUUCCAAACAGAGGGGUCAUUUAUCAUGUCACCAUGCAAGAGGGGUAACUCGAUAUCUUGGAGGGUAAGUGCUACCCACGUGUCUUGCUUAGUCAUAAUAAUACUGCAUUUUCCAAGUGGACAU